AUGCGACAUCGUUUUUAUUUCCAGACCUUUUCGACCGAGCAAGCUCAUGUUUCCACUAGCGAAAGAGGAUGUCCAAUUCGACAAGCGUCAUGUGAGUCGCUACUUCCAAAGCAGUCGGCGAACGCAUGUGAUCAUACUCCGAUCAGAGCCUACAAUCCGACAAAUGGCUCGGGGUUAUGCCAGAUGGAAUCCAAUGAUCAGAACUCCUCGCCCGCACAAUCCGAAUUCGCCCAUACGUCGGGGGAGUUGGCACUAAAGAGAUCCAACCGAAUACGCGAACGAGCAGAAUCCAAUCGUGUUCUGGAUGCUGACUAUCGGAUAGGAUUCUGUGACCACCCACUUACCGCAUCAGCUCCACGGACUAAUGUAUUAGAGGCGAAUUGCGAUCCAUCCGUUAUCCACUGUGCCCCAACAAGUAAUAACGUACAUGUUACUCAGUCUGCGGACAUUGUUGAAGGUGAUUUGAGUACGGUCUCCAUAACACGACCAGGAACGGCUGUUAGUUCUCAGCCAUCUACUCCAGUUAUCACUGACUAUCCGGAAGCAGAGCAUUCGUCUUCAUGUUGUUUGUGCGGUGUCCCUUGUUGUCAUUGUCAAACACAGUGUUUUCCCUCGAAGUCAACUCCGAAUCGGUGUAAUACAUGUGCCAUUCAAUUUUUACCUUCAUCCUGCUCCUCAGUAUGUUUUUCAUCGUCUUGGUGCGGUUGGCGUUGGAACCGUUGGCGUCGUCGCCGUAUUCCGAAUGAAAAUUUGCUCGUUCUGAGCGUGAUCCAACUGUUAUGUGGUUUUGCCGCGAUCAUCCUCUCUAGUGUGGCUCUGACCAAGGCCGUAUUUUUGUAUCAAAUGGCCACUGGUAUGUGGGCCGGAUUUUUAAUGCUCAUCACUGGUACACAAGGUUUAAUCGCUUCCCGACGACCAAUCGUGUGCACUCUGACUGGUCUACUCACUCUAUGUGUUGUAGUAACAGUUGCAGCAUGUUUGCUCAUAUGUGUGUCCGUGGCGGGUACAAUUGAGGAUGGAUUCCUGGACCACGUCAAUCUUCGAUCUCGUUCUCAGCAUCAGACAAUCAAACUGACGUAUUCAUUUCAUCCGUCCCCGGGUGGAUUGCAAAAGUCCGACCAGUUCUAUAGUUUAACUUACCACGGAAUGCCGGACAAUCGGACAAUUAGUCGUCUCAGUUGGGGUGCAAUCCGUCAACUUUAUUCCGAUCGAACCUCUUCUCACUUUGUUAAUCCGUCCCAGGACACACACCUUCGUACCUGCCAGGUGAUUUUACAUGUCUUGUUGCUAUUGGUUGGAAUUUUAGAAUCCUCAGUCUCGUUGUCCACUUGUGUUCUUUGUUGUCGUUACGUGUGCUCACGCUCGGGACGUUUCGGUUCGAGUCAGAAUCCGUUCGCAACUCGUACGAAUAUUGUAUCAUUGAACGCCGCCACAGCCAAUCAAGCGGCGAGUGUGCUUCGGUCGGGUGAAUUGAACCAGUUCAUCGGAUCGGGAGAUGUUCUGUUGGCUGUGAGUGCCGGGACACCUUCUGACGCGGCAGAUCCAUCGUUCAACUUUUUGCGCCAAAAUCUGUCGGGUAUGGAACCUUGCGUCCAUCCAUCGGUUGCACCAUUCCUACCACAGCUUAAUCGUCCCGCGCUGAUUUUGACCCAGGCAGGCACAGGUGCUAUGGCGUGGACAGCAGCGCGUGCUGCAGCCACUCUGAUAUUUCAACCCCACUUGCGUCGGCAUCGCCGUGAUGGCAGACACAAUGCGACGGACCGACCACAUUUGUUGUUUACCUCACUUAGUACGUUAAACAAUCGGAAUUCUAGUGGUAACCAAAAUGGAUCUGUGACGAACAGUUCAUCCGUGGUAGCCGGGCUUCCAUCAUGUCCACCUGGAAGUACACUUAUUUAUGUGAUGCCCUCACCCAACAGUGAUUCACCUCCCAUGAUCUUCCCACCUUUCCCGCCAGUUUAUAGCUCUCUUCAAAAACGUCCGUCCACCUUCAACACACCGCGCCGUUCAGGUCAUGGAGAUAGACGUGUUACGCAUACACAUCGGAGUUCCGCUGGUGGCACUACCCGAUCGCGAAGCACCCGACCUUCAGAACACACACGGCUUGAUCGAUCUAUCACACGGCGGUACUUGUCGCGUAUAUUUACUUGGCAUCGUAACUCACCCCGUCGUAAUAAUCGUUCUUCCGAGACUCGCACCAGACGUCCAUCUCCACGUGCUUCUAAUUCCGCACUGAUUUGUGCUGGUGGCAAUCGUUUGCUGCAACCUGUGUUGAUCAUCGAAGAUCCGGAUAUAUUUCAGAUGAACUCGACGGAUCCUCCGCCGUACUCUGCGAUCGAUCAAUCUCCAAGACCGAGUGGGCAAACUUCUUCAAUGGAUUGA